CUUAGAAGAGAUGUUGUGUUCCUUCUGGAUGGAUCGGAUGGAACUAGAAAUGGAUUCCCAGCAAUGAAAGACUUUGUGCAAAAAAUGGUGGAGAAAUUGGCUGCUGCAGAGAACAGAGAUCGCAUUUCUGUUGUCCAAUACAGCAGAGAACCAGAGGCCAAUUUCUAUCUAAACACAUACACGACAAAGGAAGAAAUUCUUGAUGCUGUCAGGGGUCUGAGGCACAAAGGAGGCAGACCCCUUUACACAGGGGCAGCUCUCCAGUACGUCAAAGACAAUGUCUUCACUGCUUCUUCUGGCAGCAGGCGGCUGGAGGGUGUGCCGCAGAUACUGGUUUUGCUUAGCGGGGGCAAGUCAUUUGACAGUGUCGAUGCAGCAGCCUCCUCUCUGAAAGAGCUUGGCGUCUUGACUUUUGGAAUAGGAUCGAGAGGCUCUGAUAGCAGAGAACUGCAGAGAAUAUCAUAUGAACCCAGUUAUGCUCUGUCCGUGUCUGAUUUCAGUGAGCUACCAAAUGUCCAAGAGCAGCUGCUUGCCUCUGUACAGGUUACUUCAAUUCCCGUCACCCCAACUUCAACGACUGUUACCGCUGAAUACAGCACACCCAGAAAAGAUGUAGUGUUUCUGCUGGACGGUUCAGAUGGCACUAGGAGUUCUUUCCCAGCUAUGCGGGACUUUGUGCAAAGAGUAGUGGAGAAAUUCAACAUUGAGGCAAACAGAGACCGCGUUUCUGUUGUGCAGUACAGUAGAGACGCUGAGGUCCAUUUCUAUCUGAAUAGCUACACGAAAAAGGAAGACAUUCUUGACCGCGUCACAGGUCUGAGACACAAAGGAGGCCGUCCCCUCUACACAGGGGCAGCUCUCCAGUACGUCAGAGACAAUGUCUUUACUGCUUCUUCUGGCAGCAGACGGCUGGAGGGUGUGCCACAGAUUCUGAUCCUGCUUAGCGGGGGAAGGUCAUUUGACAGCGUUGAUGCAGCAGCAUCCUCUCUGAAAGAGCUCGGUGUCUUGACCUUGGGAAUAGGAUCGAGGGGCUCUGAUAGCAGAGAACUGCAGAGAAUAUCAUACGAAGCCAAUUAUGCUCUGUCCGUGGCCGACUUCAGUGAGCUUCCAAAUGUCCAAGAGCAGCUGUUGGCCUCUGUCCAGACGGUUGCAAUGUCCGGCACUCCAACUUCCCCAACUCUCACUGCUGAUGACACCAUUCCCAGAAAGGAUGUAGUGUUUCUGCUGGACGGCUCUGAUGGCACUAGGAAUACUUUCCCAGCCAUGCGUGCAUUUGUGCAGAGAUUAGUUGAGCAAUUCAACGUAGAGGCAAACAGAGAUCGCAUUUCUGUGGUGCAGUACAGUAGAGAUGCUGAGGUCAAUUUCUACCUGAAUACCUACACAGCAAAAGCAGACGUCUUGAACACGGUCAGAGGUCUGAGGCAUAGAGGAGGGAGACCCCUCAACACGGGGGCAGCUCUCCAGUACGUGCGGGACAGUGUCUUCACUGCCUCUGCCGGGAGUAGAAAGCAAGAGGGUGUCCCUCAGGUUCUUAUCCUCCUCAGUGGAGGACGCUCAAACGACAACGUAGAUACACCUGCCUCUGCCCUGAAAGAGAGCGGGGUCUUGAUCUUGGGCAUCGGCACUAGAAAUUCAAGCAGAGAGGUCCAGAGAAUUACCAAUGACCCUGCCUAUGCACAAUCGCUCAAUGAUUUCUCUGACCUUCCCGGUGUCCAGCAGCAGUUUUACAGCUCCCUAAACAAUGUGCUUGUUCAAGUUAAGCCGAUGACACCUACUGUGGCAGCUGAGCCCAGGAUGGCUAGGAGGGAUGUAGUGUUUCUGCUGGAUGGUUCAGAUGGCACGAGGAGCUCUUUCUCUGCAAUGCGAGACUUUGUUGAAAGGAUGGUGGAAAGACUGAACGUGUCUGAGAACAGAGACCGUGUCUCUGUGGUCCAGUACAGCAGAGAUCCAGAGGCUCAUUUCUAUCUGAACACAUACUCAAGAAAAGAGGACGCUCUUGACACGAUCAGGGGUCUGAGGCACAAAGGAGGGAGACCCCUCAACACGGGGGCAGCUCUGCAGUACUUGAGAGACAAUGUCUUCACUGCCUCCUCUGGAAGUAGACGUGUAGAAGGUGUUCCUCAGUUGCUGAUUCUGCUGAGUGGCGCAAGGUCAUUUGAUAAUGUUGACACGCCAGCCUCAUCCCUAAAGGAGCUGGGAGUGCUUAUCUUUGUGAUUGGGUCAAGGAGCUCAGACAGCCAGGAACUCCAGAGAAUCUCCCAAGAGCCUAGCUAUGCACUCUCAGUGAGUGACUUCACUGACCUUCCCAGUGUCCAACAGCAGCUUUUUACCAACAUUAACAAGGUCUUUGUAGCGGGCGUACCUACCACUUCCACAACCAUAGCUGAGGGCCGUAGACAGAGAAGAGAUGUUGUGUUCCUUCUGGAUGGAUCGGAUGGAACUAGGAAUGGAUUCCCAGCAAUGAAAGACUUUGUGCAAAGAAUGGUGGAGAAAUUGGAUGUUGCCGAGAACAGAGAUCGCAUUUCUGUUGUCCAAUACAGCAGAGAACCAGAGGCCAAUUUCUAUCUAAACACAUACACGACAAAGGAAGAAAUUGUUGAUGCUGUCAGGGGUCUGAGGCACAAGGGAGGCAGACCCCUUUACACGGGGGAAGCUCUCCAGUUUGUCAGAGACAAUGUCUUCACUGCUUCUUCUGGCAGCAGGCGGCUGGAGGGUGUGCCGCAGAUACUGGUUUUGCUUAGCGGGGGCAGGUCAUUUGACAGUGUCGAUGCAGCAGCCUCCUCUCUGAAAGAGCUUGGCGUCUUGACUUUUGGAAUAGGAUCGAGAGGCUCUGAUAGCAGAGAACUGCAGAGAAUAUCAUAUGAACCCAGUUAUGCUCUGUCCGUGUCUGAUUUCAGUGAGCUACCAAAUGUCCAAGAGCAGCUGCUUGCCUCUGUACAGGUUACUUCAAUUCCCGUCACCCCAACUUCACCGACUGUUACCGCUGAAUACAGCACACCCAGAAAAGAUGUAGUGUUUCUGCUGGACGGUUCAGAUGGCACUAGGAGUUCUUUCCCAGCUAUGCGGGACUUUGUGCAAAGAGUAGUGGAGAAAUUCAACAUUGAGGCAAACAGAGACCGCGUUUCUGUUGUGCAGUACAGUAGAGACGCUGAGGUUCAUUUCUAUCUGAAUAGCUACACGAAAAAGGAAGACAUUCUUGACCGCGUCACAGGUCUGAGACACAAAGGAGGCCGUCCCCUCUACACAGGGGCAGCUCUCCAGUACGUCAGAGACAAUGUCUUUACUGCUUCUUCUGGCAGCAGACGGCUGGAGGGUGUGCCACAGAUUCUGAUCCUCCUUAGCGGGGGAAGGUCAUUUGACAGCGUUGAUGCAGCAGCAUCCUCUCUGAAAGAGCUCGGUGUCUUGACCUUGGGAAUAGGAUCGAGGGGCUCUGAUAGCAGAGAACUGCAGAGAAUAUCAUACGAAGCCAAUUAUGCUCUGUCCGUGGCCGACUUCAGUGAGCUUCCAAAUGUCCAAGAGCAGCUGUUGGCCUCUGUCCAGACGGUUGCAAUGUCCGGCACUCCAACUUCCCCAACUCUCACUGCUGAUGACACCAUUCCCAGAAAGGAUGUAGUGUUUCUGCUGGACGGCUCUGAUGGCACUAGGAAUACUUUCCCAGCCAUGCGUGCAUUUGUGCAGAGAUUAGUUGAGCAAUUCAACGUAGAGGCAAACAGAGAUCGCAUUUCUGUGGUGCAGUACAGUAGAGAUGCUGAGGUCAAUUUCUACCUGAAUACCUACACAGCAAAAGCAGACGUCUUGAACACGGUCAGAGGUCUGAGGCAUAGAGGAGGGAGACCCCUCAACACGGGGGCAGCUCUCCAGUACGUGCGGGACAGUGUCUUCACUGCCUCUGCCGGGAGUAGAAAGCAAGAGGGUGUCCCUCAGGUUCUUAUCCUCCUCAGUGGAGGACGCUCAAACGACAACGUAGAUACACCUGCCUCUGCCCUGAAAGAGAGCGGGGUCUUGAUCUUGGGCAUCGGCACUAGAAAUUCAAGCAGAGAGGUCCAGAGAAUUACCAAUGACCCUGCCUAUGCACAAUCGCUCAAUGAUUUCUCUGACCUUCCCGGUGUCCAGCAGCAGUUUUACAGCUCCCUAAACAAUGUGCUUGUUCAAGUUAAGCCGAUGACACCUACUGUGGCAGCUGAGCCCAGGAUGGCUAGGAGGGAUGUAGUGUUUCUGCUGGAUGGUUCAGAUGGCACGAGGAGCUCUUUCUCUGCAAUGCGAGACUUUGUUGAAAGGAUGGUGGAAAGACUGAACGUGUCUGAGAACAGAGACCGUGUCUCUGUGGUCCAGUACAGCAGAGAUCCAGAGGCUCAUUUCUAUCUGAACACAUACUCAAGAAAAGAGGACGCUCUUGACACGAUCAGGGGUCUGAGGCACAAAGGAGGGAGACCCCUCAACACGGGGGCAGCUCUGCAGUACUUGAGAGACAAUGUCUUCACUGCCUCCUCUGGAAGUAGACGUGUAGAAGGUGUUCCUCAGUUGCUGAUUCUGCUGAGUGGCGCAAGGUCAUUUGAUAAUGUUGACACGCCAGCCUCAUCCCUAAAGGAGCUGGGAGUGCUUAUCUUUGUGAUUGGGUCAAGGAGCUCAGACAGCCAGGAACUCCAGAGAAUCUCCCAAGAGCCUAGCUAUGCACUCUCAGUGAGUGACUUCACUGACCUUCCCAGUGUCCAACAGCAGCUUUUUACCAACAUUAACAAGGUCUUUGUAGCGGGCGUACCUACCACUUCCACAACCAUAGCUGAGGGCCGUAGACAGAGAAGAGAUGUUGUGUUCCUUCUGGAUGGAUCGGAUGGAACUAGGAAUGGAUUCCCAGCAAUGAAAGACUUUGUGCAAAGAAUGGUGGAGAAAUUGGAUGUUGCCGAGAACAGAGAUCGCAUUUCUGUUGUCCAAUACAGCAGAGAACCAGAGGCCAAUUUCUAUCUAAACACAUACACGACAAACGAAGAAAUUGUUGAUGCUGUCAGGGGUCUGAGGCACAAGGGAGGCAGACCCCUUUACACGGGGGAAGCUCUCCAGUACGUCAGAGACAAUGUCUUCACUGCUUCUUCUGGCAGCAGGCGGCUGGAGGGUGUGCCGCAGAUACUGGUUUUGCUUAGCGGGGGCAGGUCAUUUGACAGUGUCGAUGCAGCAGCCUCCUCUCUGAAAGAGCUUGGCGUCUUGACUUUUGGAAUAGGAUCGAGAGGCUCUGAUAGCAGAGAACUGCAGAGAAUAUCAUAUGAACCCAGUUAUGCUCUGUCCGUGUCUGAUUUCAGUGAGCUACCAAAUGUCCAAGAGCAGCUGCUUGCCUCUGUACAGGUUACUUCAAUUCCCGUCACCCCAACUUCACCGACUGUUACCGCUGAAUACAGCACACCCAGAAAAGAUGUAGUGUUUCUGCUGGACGGUUCAGAUGGCACUAGGAGUUCUUUCCCAGCUAUGCGGGACUUUGUGCAAAGAGUAGUGGAGAAAUUCAACAUUGAGGCAAACAGAGACCGCGUUUCUGUUGUGCAGUACAGUAGAGACGCUGAGGUCCAUUUCUAUCUGAAUAGCUACACGAAAAAGGAAGACAUUCUUGACCGCGUCACAGGUCUGAGACACAAAGGAGGCCGUCCCCUCUACACAGGGGCAGCUCUCCAGUACGUCAGAGACAAUGUCUUUACUGCUUCUUCUGGCAGCAGACGGCUGGAGGGUGUGCCACAGAUUCUGAUCCUGCUUAGCGGGGGAAGGUCAUUUGACAGCGUUGAUGCAGCAGCAUCCUCUCUGAAAGAGCUCGGUGUCUUGACCUUGGGAAUAGGAUCGAGGGGCUCUGAUAGCAGAGAACUGCAGAGAAUAUCAUACGAAGCCAAUUAUGCUCUGUCCGUGGCCGACUUCAGUGAGCUUCCAAAUGUCCAAGAGCAGCUGUUGGCCUCUGUCCAGACGGUUGCAAUGUCCGGCACUCCAACUUCCCCAACUCUCACUGCUGAUGACACCAUUCCCAGAAAGGAUGUAGUGUUUCUGCUGGACGGCUCUGAUGGCACUAGGAAUACUUUCCCAGCCAUGCGUGCAUUUGUGCAGAGAUUAGUUGAGCAAUUCAACGUAGAGGCAAACAGAGAUCGCAUUUCUGUGGUGCAGUACAGUAGAGAUGCUGAGGUCAAUUUCUACCUGAAUACCUACACAGCAAAAGCAGACGUCUUGAACACGGUCAGAGGUCUGAGGCAUAGAGGAGGGAGACCCCUCAACACGGGGGCAGCUCUCCAGUACGUGCGGGACAGUGUCUUCACUGCCUCUGCCGGGAGUAGAAAGCAAGAGGGUGUCCCUCAGGUUCUUAUCCUCCUCAGUGGAGGACGCUCAAACGACAACGUAGAUACACCUGCCUCUGCCCUGAAAGAGAGCGGGGUCUUGAUCUUGGGCAUCGGCACUAGAAAUUCAAGCAGAGAGGUCCAGAGAAUUACCAAUGACCCUGCCUAUGCACAAUCGCUCAAUGAUUUCUCUGACCUUCCCGGUGUCCAGCAGCAGUUUUACAGCUCCCUAAACAAUGUGCUUGUUCAAGUUAAGCCGAUGACACCUACUGUGGCAGCUGAGCCCAGGAUGGCUAGGAGGGAUGUAGUGUUUCUGCUGGAUGGUUCAGAUGGCACGAGGAGCUCUUUCUCUGCAAUGCGAGACUUUGUUGAAAGGAUGGUGGAAAGACUGAACGUGUCUGAGAACAGAGACCGUGUCUCUGUGGUCCAGUACAGCAGAGAUCCAGAGGCUCAUUUCUAUCUGAACACAUACUCAAGAAAAGAGGACGCUCUUGACACGAUCAGGGGUCUGAGGCACAAAGGAGGGAGACCCCUCAACACGGGGGCAGCUCUGCAGUACUUGAGAGACAAUGUCUUCACUGCCUCCUCUGGAAGUAGACGUGUAGAAGGUGUUCCUCAGUUGCUGAUUCUGCUGAGUGGCGCAAGGUCAUUUGAUAAUGUUGACACGCCAGCCUCAUCCCUAAAGGAGCUGGGAGUGCUUAUCUUUGCGAUUGGGUCAAGGAGCUCAGACAGCCAGGAACUCCAGAGAAUCUCCCAAGAGCCUAGCUAUGCACUCUCAGUGAGUGACUUCACUGACCUUCCCAGUGUCCAACAGCAGCUUUUUACCAACAUUAACAAGGUCUUUGUAGCGGGCGUACCUACCACUUCCACAACCAUAGCUGAGGGCCGUAGACAGAGAAGAGAUGUUGUGUUCCUUCUGGAUGGAUCGGAUGGAACUAGGAAUGGAUUCCCAGCAAUGAAAGACUUUGUGCAAAGAAUGGUGGAGAAAUUGGAUGUUGCCGAGAACAGAGAUCGCAUUUCUGUUGUCCAAUACAGCAGAGAACCAGGGGCCAAUUUCUAUCUAAACACAUACACGACAAAGGAAGAAAUUGUUGAUGCUGUCAGGGGUCUGAGGCACAAGGGAGGCAGACCCCUUUACACGGGGGAAGCUCUCCAGUACGUCAGAGACAAUGUCUUCACUGCUUCUUCUGGCAGCAGGCGGCUGGAGGGUGUGCCGCAGAUACUGGUUUUGCUUAGCGGGGGCAGGUCAUUUGACAGUGUCAAUGCAGCAGCCUCCUCUCUGAAAGAGCUUGGCGUCUUGACUUUUGGAAUAGGAUCGAGAGGCUCUGAUAGCAGAGAACUGCAGAGAAUAUCAUAUGAACCCAGUUAUGCUCUGUCCGUGUCUGAUUUCAGUGAGCUACCAAAUGUCCAAGAGCAGCUGCUUGCCUCUGUACAGGUUACUUCAAUUCCCGUCACCCCAACUUCACCGACUGUUACCGCUGAAUACAGCACACCCAGAAAAGAUGUAGUGUUUCUGCUGGACGGUUCAGAUGGCACUAGGAGUUCUUUCCUAGCUAUGCGGGACUUUGUGCAAAGAGUAGUGGAGAAAUUCAACAUUGAGGCAAACAGAGACCGCGUUUCUGUUGUGCAGUACAGUAGAGACGCUGAGGUCCAUUUCUAUCUGAAUAGCUACACGAAAAAGGAAGACAUUCUUGACCGCGUCACAGGUCUGAGACACAAAGGAGGCCGUCCCCUCUACACAGGGGCAGCUCUCCAGUACGUCAGAGACAAUAUCUUUACUGCUUCUUCUGGCAGCAGACGGCUGGAGGGUGUGCCACAGAUUCUGAUCCUGCUUAGCGGGGGAAGGUCAUUUGACAGCGUUGAUGCAGCAGCAUCCUCUCUGAAAGAGCUCGGUGUCUUGACCUUGGGAAUAGGAUCGAGGGGCUCUGAUAGCAGAGAACUGCAGAGAAUAUCAUACGAAGCCAAUUAUGCUCUGUCCGUGGCCGACUUCAGUGAGCUUCCAAAUGUCCAAGAGCAGCUGUUGGCCUCUGUCCAGACGGUUGCAAUGUCCGGCACUCCAACUUCCCCAACUCUCACUGCUGAUGACACCAUUCCCAGAAAGGAUGUAGUGUUUCUGCUGGACGGCUCUGAUGGCACUAGGAAUACUUUCCCAGCCAUGCGUGCAUUUGUGCAGAGAUUAGUUGAGCAAUUCAACGUAGAGGCAAACAGAGAUCGCAUUUCUGUGGUGCAGUACAGUAGAGAUGCUGAGGUCAAUUUCUACCUGAAUACCUACACAGCAAAAGCAGACGUCUUGAACACGGUCAGAGGUCUGAGGCAUAGAGGAGGGAGACCCCUCAACACGGGGGCAGCUCUCCAGUACGUGCGGGACAGUGUCUUCACUGCCUCUGCCGGGAGUAGAAAGCAAGAGGGUGUCCCUCAGGUUCUUAUCCUCCUCAGUGGAGGACGCUCAAACGACAACGUAGAUACACCUGCCUCUGCCCUGAAAGAGAGCGGGGUCUUGAUCUUGGGCAUCGGCACUAGAAAUUCAAGCAGAGAGGUCCAGAGAAUUACCAAUGACCCUGCCUAUGCACAAUCGCUCAAUGAUUUCUCUGACCUUCCCGGUGUCCAGCAGCAGUUUUACAGCUCCCUAAACAAUGUGCUUGUUCAAGUUAAGCCGAUGACACCUACUGUGGCAGCUGAGCCCAGGAUGGCUAGGAGGGAUGUAGUGUUUCUGCUGGAUGGUUCAGAUGGCACGAGGAGCUCUUUCUCUGCAAUGCGAGACUUUGUUGAAAGGAUGGUGGAAAGACUGAACGUGUCUGAGAACAGAGACCGUGUCUCUGUGGUCCAGUACAGCAGAGAUCCAGAGGCUCAUUUCUAUCUGAACACAUACUCAAGAAAAGAGGACGCUCUUGACACGAUCAGGGGUCUGAGGCACAAAGGAGGGAGACCCCUCAACACGGGGGCAGCUCUGCAGUACUUGAGAGACAAUGUCUUCACUGCCUCCUCUGGAAGUAGACGUGUAGAAGGUGUUCCUCAGUUGCUGAUUCUGCUGAGUGGCGCAAGGUCAUUUGAUAAUGUUGACACGCCAGCCUCAUCCCUAAAGGAGCUGGGAGUGCUUAUCUUUGCGAUUGGGUCAAGGAGCUCAGACAGCCAGGAACUCCAGAGAAUCUCCCAAGAGCCUAGCUAUGCACUCUCAGUGAGUGACUUCACUGACCUUCCCAGUGUCCAACAGCAGCUUUUUACCAACAUUAACAAGGUCUUUGUAGCGGGCGUACCUACCACUUCCACAACCAUAGCUGAGGGCCGUAGACAGAGAAGAGAUGUUGUGUUCCUUCUGGAUGGAUCGGAUGGAACUAGGAAUGGAUUCCCAGCAAUGAAAGACUUUGUGCAAAGAAUGGUGGAGAAAUUGGAUGUUGCCGAGAACAGAGAUCGCAUUUCUGUUGUCCAAUACAGCAGAGAACCAGAGGCCAAUUUCUAUCUAAACACAUACACGACAAAGGAAGAAAUUGUUGAUGCUGUCAGGGGUCUGAGGCACAAGGGAGGCAGACCCCUUUACACGGGGGAAGCUCUCCAGUACGUCAGAGACAAUGUCUUCACUGCUUCUUCUGGCAGCAGGCGGCUGGAGGGUGUGCCGCAGAUACUGGUUUUGCUUAGCGGGGGCAGGUCAUUUGACAGUGUCGAUGCAGCAGCCUCCUCUCUGAAAGAGCUUGGCGUCUUGACUUUUGGAAUAGGAUCGAGAGGCUCUGAUAGCAGAGAACUGCAGAGAAUAUCAUAUGAACCCAGUUAUGCUCUGUCCGUGUCUGAUUUCAGUGAGCUACCAAAUGUCCAAGAGCAGCUGCUUGCCUCUGUACAGGUUACUUCAAUUCCCGUCACCCCAACUUCACCGACUGUUACCGCUGAAUACAGCACACCCAGAAAAGAUGUAGUGUUUCUGCUGGACGGUUCAGAUGGCACUAGGAGUUCUUUCCCAGCUAUGCGGGACUUUGUGCAAAGAGUAGUGGAGAAAUUCAACAUUGAGGCAAACAGAGACCGCGUUUCUGUUGUGCAGUACAGUAGAGACGCUGAGGUCCAUUUCUAUCUGAAUAGCUACACGAAAAAGGAAGACAUUCUUGACCGCGUCACAGGUCUGAGACACAAAGGAGGCCGUCCCCUCUACACAGGGGCAGCUCUCCAGUACGUCAGAGACAAUGUCUUUACUGCUUCUUCUGGCAGCAGACGGCUGGAGGGUGUGCCACAGAUUCUGAUCCUGCUUAGCGGGGGAAGGUCAUUUGACAGCGUUGAUGCAGCAGCAUCCUCUCUGAAAGAGCUCGGUGUCUUGACCUUGGGAAUAGGAUCGAGGGGCUCUGAUAGCAGAGAACUGCAGAGAAUAUCAUACGAAGCCAAUUAUGCUCUGUCCGUGGCCGACUUCAGUGAGCUUCCAAAUGUCCAAGAGCAGCUGUUGGCCUCUGUCCAGACGGUUGCAAUGUCCGGCACUCCAACUUCCCCAACUCUCACUGCUGAUGACACCAUUCCCAGAAAGGAUGUAGUGUUUCUGCUGGACGGCUCUGAUGGCACUAGGAAUACUUUCCCAGCCAUGCGUGCAUUUGUGCAGAGAUUAGUUGAGCAAUUCAGCGUAGAGGCAAACAGAGAUCGCAUUUCUGUGGUGCAGUACAGUAGAGAUGCUGAGGUCAAUUUCUACCUGAAUACCUACACAGCAAAAGCAGACGUCUUGAACACGGUCAGAGGUCUGAGGCAUAGAGGAGGGAGACCCCUCAACACGGGGGCAGCUCUCCAGUACGUGCGGGACAGUGUCUUCACUGCCUCUGCCGGGAGUAGAAAGCAAGAGGGUGUCCCUCAGGUUCUUAUCCUCCUCAGUGGAGGACGCUCAAACGACAACGUAGAUACACCUGCCUCUGCCCUGAAAGAGAGCGGGGUCUUGAUCUUGGGCAUCGGCACUAGAAAUUCAAGCAGAGAGGUCCAGAGAAUUACCAAUGACCCUGCCUAUGCACAAUCGCUCAAUGAUUUCUCUGACCUUCCCGGUGUCCAGCAGCAGUUUUACAGCUCCCUAAACAAUGUGCUUGUUCAAGUUAAGCCGAUGACACCUACUGUGGCAGCUGAGCCCAGGAUGGCUAGGAGGGAUGUAGUGUUUCUGCUGGAUGGUUCAGAUGGCACGAGGAGCUCUUUCUCUGCAAUGCGAGACUUUGUUGAAAGGAUGGUGGAAAGACUGAACGUGUCUGAGAACAGAGACCGUGUCUCUGUGGUCCAGUACAGCAGAGAUCCAGAGGCUCAUUUCUAUCUGAACACAUACUCAAGAAAAGAGGACGCUCUUGACACGAUCAGGGGUCUGAGGCACAAAGGAGGGAGACCCCUCAACACGGGGGCAGCUCUGCAGUACUUGAGAGACAAUGUCUUCACUGCCUCCUCUGGAAGUAGACGUGUAGAAGGUGUUCCUCAGUUGCUGAUUCUGCUGAGUGGCGCAAGGUCAUUUGAUAAUGUUGACACGCCAGCCUCAUCCCUAAAGGAGCUGGGAGUGCUUAUCUUUGCGAUUGGGUCAAGGAGCUCAGACAGCCAGGAACUCCAGAGAAUCUCCCAAGAGCCUAGCUAUGCACUCUCAGUGAGUGACUUCACUGACCUUCCCAGUGUCCAACAGCAGCUUUUUACCAACAUUAACAAGGUCUUUGUAGCGGGCGUACCUACCACUUCCACAACCAUAGCUGAGGGCCGUAGACAGAGAAGAGAUGUUGUGUUCCUUCUGGAUGGAUCGGAUGGAACUAGGAAUGGAUUCCCAGCAAUGAAAGACUUUGUGCAAAGAAUGGUGGAGAAAUUGGAUGUUGCCGAGAACAGAGAUCGCAUUUCUGUUGUCCAAUACAGCAGAGAACCAGAGGCCAAUUUCUAUCUAAACACAUACACGACAAAGGAAGAAAUUGUUGAUGCUGUCAGGGGUCUGAGGCACAAGGGAGGCAGACCCCUUUACACGGGGGAAGCUCUCCAGUACGUCAGAGACAAUGUCUUCACUGCUUCUUCUGGCAGCAGGCGGCUGGAGGGUGUGCCGCAGAUACUGGUUUUGCUUAGCGGGGGCAGGUCAUUUGACAGUGUCGAUGCAGCAGCCUCCUCUCUGAAAGAGCUUGGCGUCUUGACUUUUGGAAUAGGAUCGAGAGGCUCUGAUAGCAGAGAACUGCAGAGAAUAUCAUAUGAACCCAGUUAUGCUCUGUCCGUGUCUGAUUUCAGUGAGCUACCAAAUGUCCAAGAGCAGCUGCUUGCCUCUGUACAGGUUACUUCAAUUCCCGUCACCCCAACUUCACCGACUGUUACCGCUGAAUACAGCACACCCAGAAAAGAUGUAGUGUUUCUGCUGGACGGUUCAGAUGGCACUAGGAGUUCUUUCCCAGCUAUGCGGGACUUUGUGCAAAGAGUAGUGGAGAAAUUCAACAUUGAGGCAAACAGAGACCGCGUUUCUGUUGUGCAGUACAGUAGAGACGCUGAGGUCCAUUUCUAUCUGAAUAGCUACACGAAAAAGGAAGACAUUCUUGACCGCGUCACAGGUCUGAGACACAAAGGAGGCCGUCCCCUCUACACAGGGGCAGCUCUCCAGUACGUCAGAGACAAUGUCUUUACUGCUUCUUCUGGCAGCAGACGGCUGGAGGGUGUGCCACAGAUUCUGAUCCUGCUUAGCGGGGGAAGGUCAUUUGACAGCGUUGAUGCAGCAGCAUCCUCUCUGAAAGAGCUCGGUGUCUUGACCUUGGGAAUAGGAUCGAGGGGCUCUGAUAGCAGAGAACUGCAGAGAAUAUCAUACGAAGCCAAUUAUGCUCUGUCCGUGGCCGACUUCAGUGAGCUUCCAAAUGUCCAAGAGCAGCUGUUGGCCUCUGUCCAGACGGUUGCAAUGUCCGGCACUCCAACUUCCCCAACUCUCACUGCUGAUGACACCAUUCCCAGAAAGGAUGUAGUGUUUCUGCUGGACGGCUCUGAUGGCACUAGGAAUACUUUCCCAGCCAUGCGUGCAUUUGUGCAGAGAUUAGUUGAGCAAUUCAACGUAGAGGCAAACAGAGAUCGCAUUUCUGUGGUGCAGUACAGUAGAGAUGCUGAGGUCAAUUUCUACCUGAAUACCUACACAGCAAAAGCAGACGUCUUGAACACGGUCAGAGGUCUGAGGCAUAGAGGAGGGAGACCCCUCAACACGGGGGCAGCUCUCCAGUACGUGCGGGACAGUGUCUUCACUGCCUCUGCCGGGAGUAGAAAGCAAGAGGGUGUCCCUCAGGUUCUUAUCCUCCUCAGUGGAGGACGCUCAAACGACAACGUAGAUACACCUGCCUCUGCCCUGAAAGAGAGCGGGGUCUUGAUCUUGGGCAUCGGCACUAGAAAUUCAAGCAGAGAGGUCCAGAGAAUUACCAAUGACCCUGCCUAUGCACAAUCGCUCAAUGAUUUCUCUGACCUUCCCGGUGUCCAGCAGCAGUUUUACAGCUCCCUAAACAAUGUGCUUGUUCAAGUUAAGCCGAUGAUACCUACUGUGGCAGCUGAGCCCAGGAUGGCUAGGAGGGAUGUAGUGUUUCUGCUGGAUGGUUCAGAUGGCACGAGGAGCUCUUUCUCUGCAAUGCGAGACUUUGUUGAAAGGAUGGUGGAAAGACUGAACGUGUCUGAGAACAGAGACCGUGUCUCUGUGGUCCAGUACAGCAGAGAUCCAGAGGCUCAUUUCUAUCUGAACACAUACUCAAGAAAAGAGGACGCUCUUGACACGAUCAGGGGUCUGAGGCACAAAGGAGGGAGACCCCUCAACACGGGGGCAGCUCUGCAGUACUUGAGAGACAAUGUCUUCACUGCCUCCUCUGGAAGUAGACGUGUAGAAGGUGUUCCUCAGUUGCUGAUUCUGCUGAGUGGCGCAAGGUCAUUUGAUAAUGUUGACACGCCAGCCUCAUCCCUAAAGGAGCUGGGAGUGCUUAUCUUUGCGAUUGGGUCAAGGAGCUCAGACAGCCAGGAACUCCAGAGAAUCUCCCAAGAGCCUAGCUAUGCACUCUCAGUGAGUGACUUCACUGACCUUCCCAGUGUCCAACAGCAGCUUUUUACCAACAUUAACAAGGUCUUUGUAGCGGGCGUACCUACCACUUCCACAACCAUAGCUGAGGGCCGUAGACAGAGAAGAGAUGUUGUGUUCCUUCUGGAUGGAUCGGAUGGAACUAGGAAUGGAUUCCCAGCAAUGAAAGACUUUGUGCAAAGAAUGGUGGAGAAAUUGGAUGUUGCCGAGAACAGAGAUCGCAUUUCUGUUGUCCAAUACAGCAGAGAACCAGAGGCCAAUUUCUAUCUAAACACAUACACGACAAAGGAAGAAAUUGUUGAUGCUGUCAGGGGUCUGAGGCACAAGGGAGGCAGACCCCUUUACACGGGGGAAGCUCUCCAGUACGUCAGAGACAAUGUCUUCACUGCUUCUUCUGGCAGCAGGCGGCUGGAGGGUGUGCCGCAGAUACUGGUUUUGCUUAGCGGGGGCAGGUCAUUUGACAGUGUCGAUGCAGCAGCCUCCUCUCUGAAAGAGCUUGGCGUCUUGACUUUUGGAAUAGGAUCGAGAGGCUCUGAUAGCAGAGAACUGCAGAGAAUAUCAUAUGAACCCAGUUAUGCUCUGUCCGUGUCUGAUUUCAGUGAGCUACCAAAUGUCCAAGAGCAGCUGCUUGCCUCUGUACAGGUUACUUCAAUUCCCGUCACCCCAACUUCACCGACUGUUACCGCUGAAUACAGCACACCCAGAAAAGAUGUAGUGUUUCUGCUGGACGGUUCAGAUGGCACUAGGAGUUCUUUCCCAGCUAUGCGGGACUUUGUGCAAAGAGUAGUGGAGAAAUUCAACAUUGAGGCAAACAGAGACCGCGUUUCUGUUGUGCAGUACAGUAGAGACGCUGAGGUCCAUUUCUAUCUGAAUAGCUACACGAAAAAGGAAGACAUUCUUGACCGCGUCACAGGUCUGAGACACAAAGGAGGCCGUCCCCUCUACACAGGGGCAGCUCUCCAGUACGUCAGAGACAAUGUCUUUACUGCUUCUUCUGGCAGCAGACGGCUGGAGGGUGUGCCACAGAUUCUGAUCCUGCUUAGCGGGGGAAGGUCAUUUGACAGCGUUGAUGCAGCAGCAUCCUCUCUGAAAGAGCUCGGUGUCUUGACCUUGGGAAUAGGAUCGAGGGGCUCUGAUAGCAGAGAACUGCAGAGAAUAUCAUACGAAGCCAAUUAUGCUCUGUCCGUGGCCGACUUCAGUGAGCUUCCAAAUGUCCAAGAGCAGCUGUUGGCCUCUGUCCAGACGGUUGCAAUGUCCGGCACUCCAACUUCCCCAACUCUCACUGCUGAUGACACCAUUCCCAGAAAGGAUGUAGUGUUUCUGCUGGACGGCUCUGAUGGCACUAGGAAUACUUUCCCAGCCAUGCGUGCAUUUGUGCAGAGAUUAGUUGAGCAAUUCAACGUAGAGGCAAACAGAGAUCGCAUUUCUGUGGUGCAGUACAGUAGAGAUGCUGAGGUCAAUUUCUACCUGAAUACCUACACAGCAAAAGCAGACGUCUUGAACACGGUCAGAGGUCUGAGGCAUAGAGGAGGGAGACCCCUCAACACGGGGGCAGCUCUCCAGUACGUGCGGGACAGUGUCUUCACUGCCUCUGCCGGGAGUAGAAAGCAAGAGGGUGUCCCUCAGGUUCUUAUCCUCCUCAGUGGAGGACGCUCAAACGACAACGUAGAUACACCUGCCUCUGCCCUGAAAGAGAGCGGGGUCUUGAUCUUGGGCAUCGGCACUAGAAAUUCAAGCAGAGAGGUCCAGAGAAUUACCAAUGACCCUGCCUAUGCACAAUCGCUCAAUGAUUUCUCUGACCUUCCCGGUGUCCAGCAGCAGUUUUACAGCUCCCUAAACAAUGUGCUUGUUCAAGUUAAGCCGAUGACACCUACUGUGGCAGCUGAGCCCAGGAUGGCUAGGAGGGAUGUAGUGUUUCUGCUGGAUGGUUCAGAUGGCACGAGGAGCUCUUUCUCUGCAAUGCGAGACUUUGUUGAAAGGAUGGUGGAAAGACUGAACGUGUCUGAGAACAGAGACCGUGUCUCUGUGGUCCAGUACAGCAGAGAUCCAGAGGCUCAUUUCUAUCUGAACACAUACUCAAGAAAAGAGGACGCUCUUGACACGAUCAGGGGUCUGAGGCACAAAGGAGGGAGACCCCUCAACACGGGGGCAGCUCUGCAGUACUUGAGAGACAAUGUCUUCACUGCCUCCUCUGGAAGUAGACGUGUAGAAGGUGUUCCUCAGUUGCUGAUUCUGCUGAGUGGCGCAAGGUCAUUUGAUAAUGUUGACACGCCAGCCUCAUCCCUAAAGGAGCUGGGAGUGCUUAUCUUUGCGAUUGGGUCAAGGAGCUCAGACAGCCAGGAACUCCAGAGAAUCUCCCAAGAGCCUAGCUAUGCACUCUCAGUGAGUGACUUCACUGACCUUCCCAGUGUCCAACAGCAGCUUUUUACCAACAUUAACAAGGUCUUUGUAGCGGGCGUACCUACCACUUCCACAACCAUAGCUGAGGGCCGUAGACAGAGAAGAGAUGUUGUGUUCCUUCUGGAUGGAUCGGAUGGAACUAGGAAUGGAUUCCCAGCAAUGAAAGACUUUGUGCAAAGAAUGGUGGAGAAAUUGGAUGUUGCCGAGAACAGAGAUCGCAUUUCUGUUGUCCAAUACAGCAGAGAACCAGAGGCCAAUUUCUAUCUAAACACAUACACGACAAAGGAAGAAAUUGUUGAUGCUGUCAGGGGUCUGAGGCACAAGGGAGGCAGACCCCUUUACACGGGGGAAGCUCUCCAGUACGUCAGAGACAAUGUCUUCACUGCUUCUUCUGGCAGCAGGCGGCUGGAGGGUGUGCCGCAGAUACUGGUUUUGCUUAGCGGGGGCAGGUCAUUUGACAGUGUCGAUGCAGCAGCCUCCUCUCUGAAAGAGCUUGGCGUCUUGACUUUUGGAAUAGGAUCGAGAGGCUCUGAUAGCAGAGAACUGCAGAGAAUAUCAUAUGAACCCAGUUAUGCUCUGUCCGUGUCUGAUUUCAGUGAGCUACCAAAUGUCCAAGAGCAGCUGCUUGCCUCUGUACAGGUUACUUCAAUUCCCGUCACCCCAACUUCACCGACUGUUACCGCUGAAUACAGCACACCCAGAAAAGAUGUAGUGUUUCUGCUGGACGGUUCAGAUGGCACUAGGAGUUCUUUCCCAGCUAUGCGGGACUUUGUGCAAAGAGUAGUGGAGAAAUUCAACAUUGAGGCAAACAGAGACCGCGUUUCUGUUGUGCAGUACAGUAGAGACGCUGAGGUCCAUUUCUAUCUGAAUAGCUACACGAAAAAGGAAGACAUUCUUGACCGCGUCACAGGUCUGAGACACAAAGGAGGCCGUCCCCUCUACACAGGGGCAGCUCUCCAGUACGUCAGAGACAAUGUCUUUACUGCUUCUUCUGGCAGCAGACGGCUGGAGGGUGUGCCACAGAUUCUGAUCCUGCUUAGCGGGGGAAGGUCAUUUGACAGCGUUGAUGCAGCAGCAUCCUCUCUGAAAGAGCUUGGUGUCUUGACCUUGGGAAUAGGAUCGAGGGGCUCUGAUAGCAGAGACCUGCAGAGAAUAUCAUACGAAGCCAAUUAUGCUCUGUCCGUGGCCGACUUCAGUGAGCUUCCAAAUGUCCAAGAGCAGCUGUUGGCCUCUGUCCAGACGGUUGCAAUGUCCGGCACUCCAACUUCCCCAACUCUCACUGCUGAUGACACCAUUCCCAGAAAGGAUGUAGUGUUUCUGCUGGACGGCUCUGAUGGCACUAGGAAUACUUUCCCAGCCAUGCGUGCAUUUGUGCAGAGAUUAGUUGAGCAAUUCAACGUAGAGGCAAACAGAGAUCGCAUUUCUGUGGUGCAGUACAGUAGAGAUGCUGAGGUCAAUUUCUACCUGAAUACCUACACAGCAAAAGCAGACGUCUUGAACACGGUCAGAGGUCUGAGGCAUAGAGGAGGGAGACCCCUCAACACGGGGGCAGCUCUCCAGUACGUGCGGGACAGUGUCUUCACUGCCUCUGCCGGGAGUAGAAAGCAAGAGGGUGUCCCUCAGGUUCUUAUCCUCCUCAGUGGAGGACGCUCAAACGACAACGUAGAUACACCUGCCUCUGCCCUGAAAGAGAGCGGGGUCUUGAUCUUGGGCAUCGGCACUAGAAAUUCAAGCAGAGAGGUCCAGAGAAUUACCAAUGACCCUGCCUAUGCACAAUCGCUCAAUGAUUUCUCUGACCUUCCCGGUGUCCAGCAGCAGUUUUACAGCUCCCUAAACAAUGUGCUUGUUCAAGUUAAGCCGAUGACACCUACUGUGGCAGCUGAGCCCAGGAUGGCUAGGAGGGAUGUAGUGUUUCUGCUGGAUGGUUCAGAUGGCACGAGGAGCUCUUUCUCUGCAAUGCGAGACUUUGUUGAAAGGAUGGUGGAAAGACUGAACGUGUCUGAGAACAGAGACCGUGUCUCUGUGGUCCAGUACAGCAGAGAUCCAGAGGCUCAUUUCUAUCUGAACACAUACUCAAGAAAAGAGGACGCUCUUGACACGAUCAGGGGUCUGAGGCACAAAGGAGGGAGACCCCUCAACACGGGGGCAGCUCUGCAGUACUUGAGAGACAAUGUCUUCACUGCCUCCUCUGGAAGUAGACGUGUAGAAGGUGUUCCUCAGUUGCUGAUUCUGCUGAGUGGCGCAAGGUCAUUUGAUAAUGUUGACACGCCAGCCUCAUCCCUAAAGGAGCUGGGAGUGCUUAUCUUUGUGAUUGGGUCAAGGAGCUCAGACAGCCAGGAACUCCAGAGAAUCUCCCAAGAGCCUAGCUAUGCACUCUCAGUGAGUGACUUCACUGACCUUCCCAGUGUCCAACAGCAGCUUUUUAUCAACAUUAACAAGGUCUUUGUAGCGGGCGUACCUACCACUUCCACAACCAUAGCUGAGGGCCGUAGACAGAGAAGAGAUGUUGUGUUCCUUCUGGAUGGAUCGGAUGGAACUCGGAAUGGAUUCCCAGCAAUGAAAGACUUUGUGCAAAGAAUGGUGGAGAAAUUGGAUGUUGCCGAGAACAGAGAUCGCAUUUCUGUUGUCCAAUACAGCAGAGAACCAGAGGCCAAUUUCUAUCUAAACACAUACACGACAAAGGAAGAAAUUGUUGAUGCUGUCAGGGGUCUGAGGCACAAGGGAGGCAGACCCCUUUACACGGGGGAAGCUCUCCAGUUUGUCAGAGACAAUGUCUUCACUGCUUCUUCUGGCAGCAGGCGGCUGGAGGGUGUGCCGCAGAUACUGGUUUUGCUUAGCGGGGGCAGGUCAUUUGACAGUGUCGAUGCAGCAGCCUCCUCUCUGAAAGAGCUUGGCGUCUUGACUUUUGGAAUAGGAUCGAGAGGCUCUGAUAGCAGAGAACUGCAGAGAAUAUCAUAUGAACCCAGUUAUGCUCUGUCCGUGUCUGAUUUCAGUGAGCUACCAAAUGUCCAAGAGCAGCUGCUUGCCUCUGUACAGGUUACUUCAAUUCCCGUCACCCCAACUUCAUCGACUGUUACCGCUGAAUACAGCACACCCAGAAAAGAUGUAGUGUUUCUGCUGGACGGUUCAGAUGGCACUAGGAGUUCUUUCCCAGCUAUGCGGGACUUUGUGCAAAGAGUAGUGGAGAAAUUCAACAUUGAGGCAAACAGAGACCGCGUUUCUGUUGUGCAGUACAGUAGAGACGCUGAGGUCCAUUUCUAUCUGAAUAGCUACACGAAAAAGGAAGACAUUCUUGACCGCGUCACAGGUCUGAGACACAAAGGAGGCCGUCCCCUCUACACAGGGGCAGCUCUCCAGUACGUCAGAGACAAUGUCUUUACUGCUUCUUCUGGCAGCAGACGGCUGGAGGGUGUGCCACAGAUUCUGAUCCUGCUUAGCGGGGGAAGGUCAUUUGACAGCGUUGAUGCAGCAGCAUCCUCUCUGAAAGAGCUCGGUGUCUUGACCUUGGGAAUAGGAUCGAGGGGCUCUGAUAGCAGAGAACUGCAGAGAAUAUCAUACGAAGCCAAUUAUGCUCUGUCCGUGGCCGACUUCAGUGAGCUUCCAAAUGUCCAAGAGCAGCUGUUGGCCUCUGUCCAGACGGUUGCAAUGUCCGGCACUCCAACUUCCCCAACUCUCACUGCUGAUGACACCAUUCCCAGAAAGGAUGUAGUGUUUCUGCUGGACGGCUCUGAUGGCACUAGGAAUACUUUCCCAGCCAUGCGUGCAUUUGUGCAGAGAUUAGUUGAGCAAUUCAACAUAGAGGCAAACAGAGAUCGCAUUUCUGUGGUGCAGUACAGUAGAGAUGCUGAGGUCAAUUUCUACCUGAAUACCUACACAGCAAAAGCAGACGUCUUGAACACGGUCAGAGGUCUGAGGCAUAGAGGAGGGAGACCCCUCAACACGGGGGCAGCUCUCCAGUACGUGCGGGACAGUGUCUUCACUGCCUCUGCCGGGAGUAGAAAGCAAGAGGGUGUCCCUCAGGUUCUUAUCCUCCUCAGUGGAGGACGCUCAAACGACAACGUAGAUACACCUGCCUCUGCCCUGAAAGAGAGCGGGGUCUUGAUCUUGGGCAUCGGCACUAGAAAUUCAAGCAGAGAGGUCCAGAGAAUUACCAAUGACCCUGCCUAUGCACAAUCGCUCAAUGAUUUCUCUGACCUUCCCGGUGUCCAGCAGCAGUUUUACAGCUCCCUAAACAAUGUGCUUGUUCAAGUUAAGCCGAUGACACCUACUGUGGCAGCUGAGCCCAGGAUGGCUAGGAGGGAUGUAGUGUUUCUGCUGGAUGGUUCAGAUGGCACGAGGAGCUCUUUCUCUGCAAUGCGAGACUUUGUUGAAAGGAUGGUGGAAAGACUGAACGUGUCUGAGAACAGAGACCGUGUCUCUGUGGUCCAGUACAGCAGAGAUCCAGAGGCUCAUUUCUAUCUGAACACAUACUCAAGAAAAGAGGACGCUCUUGACACGAUCAGGGGUCUGAGGCACAAAGGAGGGAGACCCCUCAACACGGGGGCAGCUCUGCAGUACUUGAGAGACAAUGUCUUCACUGCCUCCUCUGGAAGUAGACGUGUAGAAGGUGUUCCUCAGUUGCUGAUUCUGCUGAGUGGCGCAAGGUCAUUUGAUAAUGUUGACACGCCAGCCUCAUCCCUAAAGGAGCUGGGAGUGCUUAUCUUUGCGAUUGGGUCAAGGAGCUCAGACAGCCAGGAACUCCAGAGAAUCUCCCAAGAGCCUAGCUAUGCACUCUCAGUGAGUGACUUCACUGACCUUCCCAGUGUCCAACAGCAGCUUUUUACCAACAUUAACAAGGUCUUUGUAGCGGGCGUACCUACCACUUCCACAACCAUAGCUGAGGGCCGUAGACAGAGAAGAGAUGUUGUGUUCCUUCUGGAUGGAUCGGAUGGAACUAGGAAUGGAUUCCCAGCAAUGAAAGACUUUGUGCAAAGAAUGGUGGAGAAAUUGGAUGUUGCCGAGAACAGAGAUCGCAUUUCUGUUGUCCAAUACAGCAGAGAACCAGAGGCCAAUUUCUAUCUAAACACAUACACGACAAAGGAAGAAAUUGUUGAUGCUGUCAGGGGUCUGAGGCACAAGGGAGGCAGACCCCUUUACACGGGGGAAGCUCUCCAGUACGUCAGAGACAAUGUCUUCACUGCUUCUUCUGGCAGCAGGCGGCUGGAGGGUGUGCCGCAGAUACUGGUUUUGCUUAGCGGGGGCAGGUCAUUUGACAGUGUCGAUGCAGCAGCCUCCUCUCUGAAAGAGCUUGGCGUCUUGACUUUUGGAAUAGGAUCGAGAGGCUCUGAUAGCAGAGAACUGCAGAGAAUAUCAUAUGAACCCAGUUAUGCUCUGUCCGUGUCUGAUUUCAGUGAGCUACCAAAUGUCCAAGAGCAGCUGCUUGCCUCUGUACAGGUUACUUCAAUUCCCGUCACCCCAACUUCACCGACUGUUACCGCUGAAUACAGCACACCCAGAAAAGAUGUAGUGUUUCUGCUGGACGGUUCAGAUGGCACUAGGAGUUCUUUCCCAGCUAUGCGGGACUUUGUGCAAAGAGUAGUGGAGAAAUUCAACAUUGAGGCAAACAGAGACCGCGUUUCUGUUGUGCAGUACAGUAGAGACGCUGAGGUCCAUUUCUAUCUGAAUAGCUACACGAAAAAGGAAGACAUUCUUGACCGCGUCAAAGGUCUGAGACACAAAGGAGGCCGUCCCCUCUACACAGGGGCAGCUCUCCAGUACGUCAGAGACAAUGUCUUUACUGCUUCUUCUGGCAGCAGACGGCUGGAGGGUGUGCCACAGAUUCUGAUCCUGCUUAGCGGGGGAAGGUCAUUUGACAGCGUUGAUGCAGCAGCAUCCUCUCUGAAAGAGCUCGGUGUCUUGACCUUGGGAAUAGGAUCGAGGGGCUCUGAUAGCAGAGAACUGCAGAGAAUAUCAUACGAAGCCAAUUAUGCUCUGUCCGUGGCCGACUUCAGUGAGCUUCCAAAUGUCCAAGAGCAGCUGUUGGCCUCUGUCCAGACGGUUGCAAUGUCCGGCACUCCAACUUCCCCAACUCUCACUGCUGAUGACACCAUUCCCAGAAAGGAUGUAGUGUUUCUGCUGGACGGCUCUGAUGGCACUAGGAAUACUUUCCCAGCCAUGCGUGCAUUUGUGCAGAGAUUAGUUGAGCAAUUCAACGUAGAGGCAAACAGAGAUCGCAUUUCUGUGGUGCAGUACAGUAGAGAUGCUGAGGUCAAUUUCUACCUGAAUACCUACACAGCAAAAGCAGACGUCUUGAACACGGUCAGAGGUCUGAGGCAUAGAGGAGGGAGACCCCUCAACACGGGGGCAGCUCUCCAGUACGUGCGGGACAGUGUCUUCACUGCCUCUGCCGGGAGUAGAAAGCAAGAGGGUGUCCCUCAGGUUCUUAUCCUCCUCAGUGGAGGACGCUCAAACGACAACGUAGAUACACCUGCCUCUGCCCUGAAAGAGAGCGGGGUCUUGAUCUUGGGCAUCGGCACUAGAAAUUCAAGCAGAGAGGUCCAGAGAAUUACCAAUGACCCUGCCUAUGCACAAUCGCUCAAUGAUUUCUCUGACCUUCCCGGUGUCCAGCAGCAGUUUUACAGCUCCCUAAACAAUGUGCUUGUUCAAGUUAAGCCGAUGACACCUACUGUGGCAGCUGAGCCCAGGAUGGCUAGGAGGGAUGUAGUGUUUCUGCUGGAUGGUUCAGAUGGCACGAGGAGCUCUUUCUCUGCAAUGCGAGACUUUGUUGAAAGGAUGGUGGAAAGACUGAACGUGUCUGAGAACAGAGACCGUGUCUCUGUGGUCCAGUACAGCAGAGAUCCAGAGGCUCAUUUCUAUCUGAACACAUACUCAAGAAAAGAGGACGCUCUUGACACGAUCAGGGGUCUGAGGCACAAAGGAGGGAGACCCCUCAACACGGGGGCAGCUCUGCAGUACUUGAGAGACAAUGUCUUCACUGCCUCCUCUGGAAGUAGACGUGUAGAAGGUGUUCCUCAGUUGCUGAUUCUGCUGAGUGGCGCAAGGUCAUUUGAUAAUGUUGACACGCCAGCCUCAUCCCUAAAGGAGCUGGGAGUGCUUAUCUUUGCGAUUGGGUCAAGGAGCUCAGACAGCCAGGAACUCCAGAGAAUCUCCCAAGAGCCUAGCUAUGCACUCUCAGUGAGUGACUUCACUGACCUUCCCAGUGUCCAACAGCAGCUUUUUACCAACAUUAACAAGGUCUUUGUAGCGGGCGUACCUACCACUUCCACAACCAUAGCUGAGGGCCGUAGACAGAGAAGAGAUGUUGUGUUCCUUCUGGAUGGAUCGGAUGGAACUAGGAAUGGAUUCCCAGCAAUGAAAGACUUUGUGCAAAGAAUGGUGGAGAAAUUGGAUGUUGCCGAGAACAGAGAUCGCAUUUCUGUUGUCCAAUACAGCAGAGAACCAGGGGCCAAUUUCUAUCUAAACACAUACACGACAAAGGAAGAAAUUGUUGAUGCUGUCAGGGGUCUGAGGCACAAGGGAGGCAGACCCCUUUACACGGGGGAAGCUCUCCAGUACGUCAGAGACAAUGUCUUCACUGCUUCUUCUGGCAGCAGGCGGCUGGAGGGUGUGCCGCAGAUACUGGUUUUGCUUAGCGGGGGCAGGUCAUUUGACAGUGUCAAUGCAGCAGCCUCCUCUCUGAAAGAGCUUGGCGUCUUGACUUUUGGAAUAGGAUCGAGAGGCUCUGAUAGCAGAGAACUGCAGAGAAUAUCAUAUGAACCCAGUUAUGCUCUGUCCGUGUCUGAUUUCAGUGAGCUACCAAAUGUCCAAGAGCAGCUGCUUGCCUCUGUACAGGUUACUUCAAUUCCCGUCACCCCAACUUCACCGACUGUUACCGCUGAAUACAGCACACCCAGAAAAGAUGUAGUGUUUCUGCUGGACGGUUCAGAUGGCACUAGGAGUUCUUUCCCAGCUAUGCGGGACUUUGUGCAAAGAGUAGUGGAGAAAUUCAACAUUGAGGCAAACAGAGACCGCGUUUCUGUUGUGCAGUACAGUAGAGACGCUGAGGUCCAUUUCUAUCUGAAUAGCUACACGAAAAAGGAAGACAUUCUUGACCGCGUCACAGGUCUGAGACACAAAGGAGGCCGUCCCCUCUACACAGGGGCAGCUCUCCAGUACGUCAGAGACAAUGUCUUUACUGCUUCUUCUGGCAGCAGACGGCUGGAGGGUGUGCCACAGAUUCUGAUCCUCCUUAGCGGGGGAAGGUCAUUUGACAGCGUUGAUGCAGCAGCAUCCUCUCUGAAAGAGCUCGGUGUCUUGACCUUGGGAAUAGGAUCGAGGGGCUCUGAUAGCAGAGAACUGCAGAGAAUAUCAUACGAAGCCAAUUAUGCUCUGUCCGUGGCCGACUUCAGUGAGCUUCCAAAUGUCCAAGAGCAGCUGUUGGCCUCUGUCCAGACGGUUGCAAUGUCCGGCACUCCAACUUCCCCAACUCUCACUGCUGAUGACACCAUUCCCAGAAAGGAUGUAGUGUUUCUGCUGGACGGCUCUGAUGGCACUAGGAAUACUUUCCCAGCCAUGCGUGCAUUUGUGCAGAGAUUAGUUGAGCAAUUAAACGUAGAGGCAAACAGAGAUCGCAUUUCUGUGGUGCAGUACAGUAGAGAUGCUGAGGUCAAUUUCUACCUGAAUACCUACACAGCAAAAGCAGACGUCUUGAACACGGUCAGAGGUCUGAGGCAUAGAGGAGGGAGACCCCUCAACACGGGGGCAGCUCUCCAGUACGUGCGGGACAGUGUCUUCACUGCCUCUGCCGGGAGUAGAAAGCAAGAGGGUAUCCCUCAGGUUCUUAUCCUUCUCAGUGGAGGACGCUCAAACGACAACGUAGAUACACCUGCCUCUGCCCUGAAAGAGAGCGGGGUCUUGAUCUUGGGCAUCGGCACUAGAAAUUCAAGCAGAGAGGUCCAGAGAAUUACCAAUGACCCUGCCUAUGCACAAUCGCUCAAUGAUUUCUCUGACCUUCCCGGUGUCCAGCAGCAGUUUUACAGCUCCCUAAACAAUGUGCUUGUUCAAGUUAAGCCGAUGACACCUACUGUGGCAGCUGAGCCCAGGAUGGCUAGGAGGGAUGUAGUGUUUCUGCUGGAUGGUUCAGAUGGCACGAGGAGCUCUUUCUCUGCAAUGCGAGACUUUGUUGAAAGGAUGGUGGAAAGACUGAACGUGUCUGAGAACAGAGACCGUGUCUCUGUGGUCCAGUACAGCAGAGAUCCAGAGGCUCAUUUCUAUCUGAACACAUACUCAAGAAAAGAGGACGCUCUUGACACGAUCAGGGGUCUGAGGCACAAAGGAGGGAGACCCCUCAACACGGGGGCAGCUCUGCAGUACUUGAGAGACAAUGUCUUCACUGCCUCCUCUGGAAGUAGACGUGUAGAAGGUGUUCCUCAGUUGCUGAUUCUGCUGAGUGGCACAAGGUCAUUUGAUAAUGUUGACACGCCAGCCUCAUCCCUAAAGGAGCUGGGAGUGCUUAUCUUUGCGAUAGGGUCAAGGAGCUCAGACAGCCAGGAACUCCAGAGAGUCUCCAAUGAGCCUAGUUAUGCACUGUCAGUGAGAGAAUUUAGUGAUCUUUCCAACGUCCAACAGAAGCUUUUAUCAAACAUUAACACAGCACUUGUAGAGGUUACAUCAUUAACUACAACAGUAACAGUGGAAUCUGAAGGACCCAAAAAGGACAUCAUCUUUCUAAUUGAUGGCUCUGAAGAUGUUGGCAGAGAAUUUCCAAUAAUCCAGGAAUUUGUGCGCAGAGUAGUGAGCAAUCUCAACGUUGGUGAGAACAAGAUCCGAAUAGGUGUGGUCCAGUAUGGAGAUAUUCCAAAUGCAGAUAUAUACCUCAACUCACAUAGGACAAAAGAAGGUGUUUUAAAUGGCAUCAAGGAACUCAGACAACUUAGGGGGACAAAGAGGAACCUUGGUCAGGCCAUUGACUUUGUAAGACGUGAAGUUCUGGCUUCUGGUCGUGGUGGAAGAAAAGAAGAAGGAGUUCCACAAUUUGUUGUUGUGGUUUCAGGAGGAAAAGCAACAGACAAUAUAAGACAAUCUGCAACAGCACUGAAACAAUCAGGAAUUUUCCCCCUUAGCAUAGGAACAAGAGAUGUGGGCACUCAGGAAUUGCAAGUGACAUCCUAUGUCCCCAGAUUUGCUUACUUAGUUGAUGACUUGCCUGGACUUUAUACAAUUCAGGAAACACUUAUCAACACCCUGACAGAGCUAUCUAGUGAGGAGUUAGCUCAACUGCGCCCUGUAUACCCUACAGAAACUGUAGUUCCAGUUCCUCGUGGAGAUAAGAGGGAUGUUGUUUUCCUUAUUGAUGGCACAUCAAAGAUACGCAAUGAGUUCCCCGCCAUUAGAGACAUGGUUCAGCGAGUGGUAGAGAAGUUAGAUGUAGGGCUUGACAAUGUGAGGGUCUCAGUUGUGCAGUACAGUGAUGACCCAAAAUUGGAAUUUCUCCUUAAUGAGCACUCUACGAAGGAGGAAGUUCGCCAAGCAAUAAGAAGACUGAGGAACAAAGGUGGCAAUGAAUUGAACACUGGCAAAGCUCUGGAGUAUGUAUCAAAGACUAUCUAUCAACGAUCAGCUGGAAGCCGUGUAGAGGAGGGUGUGCCACAGUUUCUCAUCCUGGUAACUGGAGGAAAGUCAAAUGAUGAUGUAUCUGGCCCUGCUAACCAACUGAAGUUAAGCCGGGUUGCUCCCUUAGCAGUUGGAGCUAGGGAUGCUGAUGCAGAGGAGCUAAGAUUAAUUUCAUUUAGUCCAGAACUAGCAUACACCAUCAGAGACUUCCAGCAACUUCCUGGCGUGGAGCAACAACUUUUAACCAAAGUCAGUACUAUGACCAGGGAUGAAAUUUCAACCCCCGCCGUGCCUAGAGACCCUCUCAAUCUGGGAAGAAAAGACAUCAUCUUCCUCAUUGAUGGCUCUGACAGUGUUGGACAAAGUGGUGUUGCUCACAUUCGUGAUUUUAUUUUGAAAGUGGUUGAUCAGCUUGAUGUAAGACCUGACCAAGUUCGUGUUGCUUUAGUACAGUAUGGCGAAAGACCUAAAACUGAAUUCUCUUUGAACUCCCAUGACAACAAGCAGUCUGUCAUUUCUGCCAUCAAGAGACUGCGUCACAUGGGUGGACGUGGUGCUGACCUUGCUGAGGCUAUAAAGUAUGUGAUUCGAAAUGAGCUCCAGGCUUCUGCUGGGGUGCGUCUUGCACAAGCAUCGCAGCAUUUGGUUGUGCUCACUGGUGGAAGGUCAACCUCUGAUGUAUCUACCUACGGCUCAAUUCUCAAAGGUUCUCGGGUCAAUUGUAUAGGAAUUGGCGCUGAAAAUGCAGACUCAAGACAGCUGAUACAGAUUGCUACCAGUUCUGAUGAUGUGCUGCAAGUUCCUUCUUUUCCAAAUCUUCCAAACAUACAGAACAAGUUUAUUGCCAGACUCAGUGGAUCAAUUGUAGUGGAACCUCCCAUUGAGAUUGAUGAAACAACUCCUGGACUCCCACAGGCCAAGGCUGCUGACAUUGUUUUUUUGGUUGAUGGCUCAAUAAAUCUUGGCAGAAACAAUUUCAAAGAGGUCAUGGAAUUUAUUCUUAAUUUAAUUGACCUGUUUUACACUGAAAGAGACAGACUUCAAAUUGGUUUAGCACAUUAUGCUACAGAUGUGACUGAUGUAUUCUACCUCAAUACCUACAACAAUAAAGAUGACAUUAUCAAUGCCAUAACUCGAGCAGAGUACAAGGGAGGUCGGGAAAUUAGAACAGGUAGUGCCAUUCGCCAUGUUCAGAAAACCCACUUUGUAAAAGAAAAAGGAAGUCGGAAGGAUGAGGGAAUUCCACAGAUCCUGAUGGUAGUCACUGGUGGACGGUCAAGGGAUGACAGUAAAUCAGCAGCAUUAGGUCUCAAAGCCUCUGGUGUUCGUGUCUAUGCUGUUGGGGUGGGUGACAUUGAGGAUGAGCUCAAUAAUUUGGGGAGUGAGGCUACUACUGUGGCUCGAGCCAGCACCUUCCAAGAGCUCUCUGAACUUAAUGAGCAGAUUUUGGAUACACUUGAUCAAGAUGUGAAAGGAAUAAAUCUUUGCACUGGAGUAAAGGAAGCUACCAGAGAAUGCAAAUUGGAUGUUCUCGUGGGGUUCGAUGUGUCUUCCCAGAACAUCUUUGCUGCUCAGAGGUCAUUAGAGACAAAAGUGGCUGCUAUUCUCCAACGGAUUAUCCAGAUGCAGUCUAUCAGUUGCAACUCUGGUCAAGCUCCAUCAAUACAAGUGGGGAUGCUAGCAAUGGACUCCGCCUCAGAGCCUGUUCAGUUGGAUUUCACAAACAAAUACACAGACCUUCUUGAGCCCUUUAAGGCUCUUCGAAACCGUGGACCUUUUGUUCUAAAUGGUGCAACAAUUAAGGCUUAUGCUGAUAGAUUCAAGAGUCGGCCUUCAGAUACAAUCAAGGUUGUAAUCCACCUAACUGAUGGAUUAGAUGCCCAGUACAACAUUCUGAAAGAGCGAACUGAACUGAUGCGUUCUGCUGGUGUCAGCAGUUUCAUUCUUGUUGGUCUUGAGAGAGUGCCACGAUUUGAGGAUGCAGUUCUCUUGGAAUAUGGCCGUGGAUUCAGGUAUACACGACCACUGCGUGUCAAUGUCAUGGAUUUGGAUUAUGAGCUUCUGGAAGAACUGGAUAACAUUGCAGAACGGGAAUGCUGUUCUGUUCCAUGCAAGUGUAAUGGCCCGAGAGGGGACAGAGGAGCCGUUGGUGUCCCUGGACAAAAGGGUCAAUCUGGUGGUCAGGGCUCCAGCGGACAUCCUGGUGAUGAAGGUGGUCCUGGAGAGAGAGGCCCCCCUGGUGUAAAUGGAACUCAAGGGUUCCAAGGAUGCCCAGGUCAAAGAGGUGUUAAAGGAUCUCGAGGAUACAAUGGUGAAAAGGGAGAAAUUGGAGAGAUUGGUUUAGAUGGAAUCAACGGAGAGGAGGGAACAAGUGGCAUUGCUGGUCCUCCAGGAGACAGAGGAAACCCCGGCCAAAGGGGGCCUAAAGGGGCCAAAGGCCAGGCAGGAGAUGCUGGUCAGAUUGGAAUCCGUGGUGAUCCAGGGACCCCAGGCAGAGACAACACUCAGAGAGGACCGAAAGGUGACCCAGGCGAUGCUGGCCCAGCGGGAGAGCCAGGGGUGGAUGGAAAUAAGGGAGGUCCUGGUGAACCAGGCAGACGGGGCUCUGAUGGUAGACGAGGGCCUCCUGGUCAAGCUGGUGCUGCUGGAAGACCUGGAAGUGAUGGUUUAGCAGGAGAACCAGGAAUUGGAGGAUCUCGGGGUCCUGCUGGACCUAUCGGAGCACCUGGUGUUAGAGGAGAAGAUGGAAACCCUGGUCCAAGGGGGCCAGGAGGACAGCCAGGACCUGCUGGAGAAAAGGGCAGAAGGGGAGCUGUUGGUCGUAAGGGUGAACCAGGCGAGCCAGGACCUAAAGGUGUUACUGGACCCUUCGGACCCCGUGGGGAGCCUGGUGAAGAUGGAAGGGAUGGGUUUGGUUUUCCUGGUCCCAAGGGAAGAAAGGGUGAUGAAGGUUUUCCUGGUUUUCCUGGUCCAAAGGGUGAAGCAGGUGACCCUGGUACAAAUGGAGGCCCUGGUCCUAGAGGAAACAAUGGCCAGAGGGGCACCUCUGGAGUACGUGGUGGUCCUGGACAAAAGGGAGAUAUCGGAUACCCGGGACCAUAUGGCCUAAAAGGACCUCGAGGACUUGGUGCUGUGCAAUGCGAUCUGGUCAAGAAAAUUAGGGAUAACUGUCCCUGCUGCUAUGGUGCUCAGGAAUGUCCUUUAUACCCCACUGAGAUGGCCUUUGCCCUGGAUGCAUCAGAUGGUGUUUCGCGUGGUGCUUUCAACAACAUGCGAGACACUGUUCUGCGCCUGCUCAGUGAUAUUACAAUUGCUGAGAGCAACUGUCCCCGAGGUGCCCGUGUUGCUCUCGCACUCUACAACAAUGAAGUGACUACCGAGAUCCGCUUUGCAGAUACCCAGAAGAAGCGAGCACUUGUUGAGCGAGUUCAAGGGCUUCAGGCUUUGCAAACCCGUAAGCAGCGCAGCUUGGAGACAGCAAUGAACUUUGUUGCACAGAACACUUUCAAGAGAGUUCGGAGUGGAUUUCUUGUGCGCAAGGUAGCUGUUUUCUUUGUCAACGGACCUGCUAGUGUUACACAAGAAUUUAGUGCUGCUGCUCUGCGCCUUUACGAUGCUGGAAUUUCCUCUGUAUUCCUUCUUAAUCGGGAAGAUCGCCAACUUACAAGAGCCUUGCAGCUUAACAACACUGCAUUAGCCCAGAUUAUUGUCCUGCCCUCACCUGGCAGUGCUGAAUACAACAAUGUCAUCAAGAAGAUCAUGACCUGCCAUAUCUGCUUGGACUUCUGUGCCCCUGAUCAGAUCUGUGAUUAUAUUCCUCCUCGUGGAGUCCGAGACCGAAGAGAUCCCACCACUGACUUAGACAUCGACAUGGCUUUCAUACUUGAUAGUUCGGAGAGCACCUGGCCCUCAGUCUUCACAGAGAUCAAGCAAUAUGUGGCUCUGAUGACAGAACAGCUAGUUAUGUCCCCUGAGCCAACCAGCACUAGCCACCAUGCUCGAGUGGCGCUUGUUCAGCAUGCACCUUAUGAAUACUUGCACAACAGCAGUGGCAUUCCCAUCAGCGUGGCCUUUGGUUUGACGGAUCACAAGUCACCUCACAGUGUCCGCAGCUUCUUAGAGGAUAAGGUGCACCAGCUGGAAGGAGGACGGGCACUUGCAUCUGCACUUGAGGGCACUGUUGAACAUGUGUUUGAGAAGGCACCACAUCCUCGCCACUUGAAGGUUUUAGUUCUGUUAGUGACUGGACCAGUUGAAUUGUAUGAAGACAGGAUAGUAAGGGCUGCCACUGAAGUUAAAUGCAAAGGCUACUUCAUAGUGGUGAUGGCGGUUGGAAAGCUGUUCAGUACAGGUGAUGUCCGAGUCCUGGCACAGGUUGCAAGCGAGCCUUCAGAUGUGUUCUUUAAGAGGGUGGAUAGACCUUCUGGCUUUUAUGAUGAUCACAUUCAGACCUUCGCCAGACUGUUGCCCAAGUACCUUGGCCUUGAAAAUGCUUUCUAUUUGUCACCUGAAGUCUCUAAGAAAUGCCAAUGGUAUCAGAGUGACCAGCCACACAAAGCACCAUUCAGUUUACCUCAAGUAGAGGAGAAACAACAGAAGCACUAUGGACAGCAGGAGGUUCAUGACAGACAACAUAAAGAAAACAGUAUGGAGGAACUGCAUCUGGUUAAUGUCACCUCCAGCGGAUUCUCCCUACAGUGGUUGAGUGGCGAUUCAAAGGCCACUCAUGAGGUUACUGUAACUCGUCUGAAGGACCAUAGCCUGGUACUCAGGAAAAAUGUGACUGGCAGUCAUCUCUCCAUCAGUGAGCUGGAGGCAGCCCAAACCUAUCAUGUUGUGGUCAACACACACAAUGUCAAUGGUCAUGUUGCCAGCACCUACAAAGGCAUAGUUCCCACAAAAUCAGCACAUAUGAAGCCCCUUACUCUAAAUGAUGUGAUGGGGGUUGUGCCCACUGCACCCUUGAGUAAAUCAGAAGCAAAAUCAACAGAACAGAAAACUCUUAAUGCCAGCGAUAAAGUGGGGAUGAUGCCCACUGUACCCUUGAGUAAUCCAGAAACAAAAUCAGAAGAUAAGACCGUUCUUGCUCCAAGUGAAGUGAUUGUGCCCUCUGCACCCUUAAGUAGACCAGAAAUAAAAGCGGCAGAGCAAAAAGUUCUCGGCCCAAGUGAAGUAAUAGGGAUUGUGUCCUCUGCUCCGUUGAGUAAACCAGAAUUAAUGGCUGAGCAUAGUUCAAGUGCUGUUCUCCCGCCAGCACCAGCUCCAGCUCCAGUUAACACUCUUUUGGAGCCAUGCUCACUUGACUUUGACACUGGACUACCAUGCAAAGAUUACCAAGCUAAGUGGUACUUUGACAGAAAGAAUGGAUUCUGUACACAGUUCUGGUAUGGAGGUUGUGGAGGAAAUGACAAUAGGUUUGAAACUGAGUCUGAUUGCCUGAAACGCUGCAUGAAGACAGUGGCUGAGCAAAGAGCAGCUGACGAGCAUAUCAAAGCUGUUUUGCCGCCAGCACCAGCACCAGCUUCCCUGCAUGUCACUGUGGAUAUCUGCAAACUACCAAAAGAAGAAGGAUCAUGUGCAAAAUUUGUGCUUAAAUGGCAUUAUGACCCGCUUAGCGGAAACUGCACCCGCUUCUGGUACGGAGGUUGUGGAGGGAACCAGAAUCGCUUUGAUACACAGGACGAGUGUGAGAAGGCUUGUGGAAAAGCAGCACCUGUUAAACAAGGCAUCAUGGCUUCAGUUAAAACAUAGGAACUAAUGGAGACUGUAAGCCAACCGCUGACAUCACUCAGAGGAUAUAGCACCUAAAACUAGAAGCUCCACCACCUCCAAGAUGCCUGCACUGGACCUUGCCAGAGGAUUUAAUCCAAAGAAAACCUUGAAGUAGUAUUUUCCACACAAGAAAAAGAAGUGUCUUUGUUUCAUGCUGGUGCUACAUUUGUGUUUUGUUUUUUCCUUUUUGUUGAAGAAAAAAAGUUUUAUUUUAUGGGUUUGAAACCCAGUGUGGAUGUCCAGGGCAAAAUUACUUUUUAUGUUAUUCUGUUUUAGUCAUGUGGUUUGCUCGAGGAAAUAUCUUGAUCAAAACAUAUCAGUAAAUCUUUGUACUUGUGAAACACAUUCAUGACAGUUUAGUUACAUUUAGUAAAUUCUAGUCCCUAAUUACUGCAGUGCCCUCAUUAUGUUUUUUACAGCUUGGAAGGAAGAAUCUUAAUUGCUCUUUCUGGUCAUAACGCUGGAGAUCUUCACUGACUUUAAAACAAACUCCAAGCAAAUGCAAUGUUGAUGUUAGACAAUUAUGAAGUGAUCAUCUAAAAACAGUUUCAUUGUUUUAAAUAAAGAUGCAUUUUUGGGGGGGAAAUUGCCUUACAGACAGUUUUGGUUGCAAGAAAAAAAGCAAUUAGAAUGUACUUGUCCACUUUAUUUUUGUGGGUGGGGGUGGGAUUCAACUUGUUAUUUCACUUGGGAAUGGGAAGAUAUAAAUAAAUUAGUCUUUAUAUAAACUU